AGAAGUGGGCGGCAAGCAAUGGUGCAUCCUGUGCAUGGCCCUCUUGGUGGCACUGGGGACGGGCGUCGGAGUCGGAGUCCCCCUGGCCUUACGAUCCGGCUCGUCGCUGCAAGAACGACUCAUCGCCGCCCAGAACAUCUUGGCUCAAGUGCCUCUCGUCGACGGCCACAACGACAUGCCGUGGAACAUCCGCAAAUUUGCUGGCGGAAAGCUCAACACGCUAAGGGCCCUGGAAACUGGCCUUCAACAUCUUGACCCGUGGUCCAAGAGUGCCUGGUCGCACACAGAUUUUCCGAGACUAAGAGAAGGACGUGUCGGUGCUCAGUUCUGGGCGGCUUACGUCCCCUGCGGAGCCCAGUACUUGGACGCCGUCAAACAAACUCUGGAGCAGAUCGAUCUGAUCAAGCGCAUGGUUGAUCGAUACUCGGACUAUCUUCGAUUAGCCGUCGAUGCCAAAGGCAUUGAAGAAUCGCAUCGCGACGGACGGAUAGCCAGCUUAUUGGGCGUCGAGGGAGGCCAUUCGCUGGGCAACAGCCUUGGUGUUUUACGCACCUACUAUGACCUAGGAAUCCGUUACGUAACCCUCACCCAUACGUGCAAUACUCCAUGGGCAGAUUGUUCCAUCGCCGAAGCCGAUCCUCAUCAUCCGCGCGAAGGAGGUCUCACCCAGUUUGGAAAGUUGGUGAUCAAAGAGAUGAACCGACUGGGCGUCAUCGUCGACCUGUCGCACGCAUCGUCUGCCACCAUGCACCACGCGCUGGACGCCAGCCGAGCGCCGGUCAUCUUCUCCCACUCGUCGACGCGGGCCCUGUGCAACAUCACCCGAAACGUGCCGGACGACGUCCUCAAAAGACUGGUGACCAACGGUGGUAUAGUGAUGGUGAGCUUCUUCAGCCUCUUCGUCAGCUGCAACAAGACGACGACCAUUCCGGAUGUUGUCGCGCACAUCAAUCACAUCCGGCGUGUCGCUGGGAUCGAUCACGUUGGCAUUGGAGCAGGUUACGACGGCAUCAACACGACGCCUCAAGGACUGGAAGAUGUUUCCAAGUAUCCGUACCUUUUUGCCGAACUGUUGCAAGAUCCAACAUGGUCGGAGGAGGAUCUGAGAAAGCUGGCUGGAUUAAACUUUCUCCGAGUAUUUCGGCAAGUCGAAAAGGUUCGAGAGGAUCUUCGACGAGCCAACACCUUGGCCGACGAGACGUCCAUCACCAACGAAGAGCUGAAAGGACAACUCCAGUGCGUCUACCAGGAGCGCAGCGCCGUUCAAUCGGUUGUCACUUGAUGAGCGGAACUUCUUUGAAUACCGAUUAUAUCCCCAUUUUCGUUUCUCAAACCAUGUCUCUAUUGCCAUCUGCCCCAUCAGCAAACCUUGUUUUUCCUAAAUCCCCCUCCUACCAACUCUUAGCCAACAGAUGGGAAAUUUAUGUACAGACAUGCAUUUUCCGAGGAGAUGGAAUAAUAUGAUCCUUAUUCACUCGCUCCCUUUCAUCCGCCUUUCGUUUCAGAUUGUAUUUAUACCUUUAUUUACGUUGCGUUAUUGUUGUUAUACUGUUACCGUCGUAUUGCCUCCUUCGUGGAGCGCCACCUGAAAAUAAGUAAAGCAAGCGAGCUGAAACCUGCAGCAAUGAAGAGAAAUAUUGUCCUACGGAUAGGGUUUUUUGUUUCCCAUACCAUCCCCUUUACAAGCAAUCAUGACAGCGCUAUCAUGACGUGGAAUUUUAUAUUCCAUGUUUUCAUGAUUGUUUAAGUCCCCUUUCUCGUAUUAUUUUAACAUUUAUUUGUUGCCGUCUGUUUGCGUCGAAACGUGUUUUUCUGCCUACUGUGUAGGCGUGGACAAGUAUGUGAAUAUCUUUUUGUAUUGCGAUGACAUUUCGGUUGACAUAAACGGUUGGAAUUUU